AUGCAGAAAGCGUGCGCAAAAGCAGGCAAAUACUACAGACUUGGUUAUGACGACCUCGGUCAGCGUCCUUCUUCCAUUGAUGGAGAAGAAGAAUCCGAUUCUGAGACUGCACGGCUAUCAGGGUUGAAAGAUUCACCAGUGGCAGUGACUAGGCGGUCGAAACAUAACAAGGGAAAACUACCCAUCGCCUCUAUUUUACACUGGUUUUCUCAUGGCCUAGCUCUGAUCAUAAUCACGGCUCUCACUCUGACUGUCUAUCGCUCGAACUUGCACUAUCAAUCUCUAUGUGCUGCCCGUCACAGUACUUGGACUCCUGCCUCAGAAGCUAUGGGAGAUAAGUACCGAACAACUCAUUUCGAGGGAACAUUCGCCAAGUGGACUCCCUAUAAAGGCCCUCCUACGGAUGAAGUUGAGAUGGCAUGGAAGCGUAUUACGGAUGACGUACCAUUACUCAACAUAACCACAGAAGACAUGGUUUCUCUUGGCCGCUCCCUGGACUCUGUUAAAUAUCCAAGCGACUUGGGUGGAGGUUUCCUGGGAAUAUUGGAGGUCACGCACCAGCUACACUGCCUUAAGAAAGUUUGGGAAGAUCAUCACCUAGAAUAUUACUCAGCUGCAGCAACUCUGAAAAAAGACCGACCCCUGUUUUACGAACAGCAUUACGAACACUGCAUUGACAUCAUAAGACAGCGGCUCAUGUGUACUGCUGAUACUGGAAUUGUUACUUUUCGCUGGGUUAAGGGUGUUCAUGGCCCUUAUCCGGAUUUCAAUACUGCACAUCAGUGCCGAAGCUGGGGCGAUUUGAUGGAGUUUGCCCAUGAGCGCGAAGUGCCGCUGGAUGAUGAUUACGUAUGGCACAAUGAGCCUUCAGAUGACGACCCAAGCAGACUAAAUUCGGUUCCUUGA